CCCAGUGCAGUGGGUAGUGGCUUAUGCUACUUUUUUCAGCUGUAAAGCCCCCGGUGUCGGUCCUGUUCACUGUUCGCAUUGCUUUGCUACUUCUUCUCCUCUUCCUCUUCACCCUCCAGUAUUGUAUCCCACGAGAUUGAAGAAGCGGCUGCUUCACGGAUCCCCUCUCCCCACUCUCCCCCGCCGCCUCUGCCAUCGCUAUUUGCACUCGUCCGACGAGAUAAUAAUUGACGUCCGGCCCAGCUCCGAACAGCUAGAGUACAGUGUCCAGACAGCCACAUCGGCAGUCCCCAGACGCGCCGCUACAGCGAUGUCGCACAACGAGUACCACCCUGUGCAAGGCGCAAAUGCAGCAGAGAUACACUUCGAGAACGCACCGCACAUCCCGCCGCACUACUCGUCGGCCUCCGAAUCCGACGACGAAAUCGAGAACAACAACAGCGCAUCACGACAAGCAGCGUACGCAUCAAUCUCUCGCGGGCCCGAUCCCGAAGGCCUCGAAAAGGGGCCGCACACCGUGGACACGGUAGCGUUGGACGCGGACGGCCCGAUUGCGUCGUUCGCGCACGCAACACUGCAGACGCGCUACUCGACCAUAGCCCGGCCCGGGCAGAAGAAGCUCGGGCACAACUAUCGCCCGCUAAAGCAGCUGCGGAAGCUCGCACAGCGCCUGAUCGCCCGAUGGGUCCUCAAUUUCCUCUUUUGCUCGCUGAUGGUCGUCAUGUUCAAGUAUUACGAGGCCGAUGGCAUCUUGACCCAGUUCGAGAAGAGGAUUUUCAACGGGUUGUUUCUGGGCUUGUCGCUAUUUAUCAGUAUGAAUAUGGUGAAUGCGUUGAAAUCGAUGGCCGAUAUGAUGAAAUGGAGUAUUCUGGCGCGGGGGAAAUGGACUGCACGAGAGAUGGAUCUACUUCUCAGUAUCUCGAGUUAUCAGAAGGCGGUCAAGCUACUCGGACUAUGGAAGAGAAAUCCCAAGCGGGUAUUCAUCCUGACGAACUGGAUUUGUUUGGGCCUUGGAGCACAAGUCACCGUCGCAAUCCUCGGUCUGACAUUCAACCACGAAAGCGAAGACGCCGAAUUCACCCUGUCGGGCAAGGUAAACGUGACGAUGCUUGACCACUACUACCCCGACACUGCGAAGGCAACGCCACCGGCGGCGUGGCAGGAGGACUAUGUGGCGCAUCUGUACGGCGACAUGAUAUUCGCGUAUAUCACCGGUAACGAGACGGCGAAACAAGCCGGCGGGACGAUCAACACGAUCGGGACGAUUGAGGAUGCAUCCAUCUCACCUCUCGACGAAAACACUCUCUCCGAGUCGGGCUACACCGGCUGGAAGUAUCGGUACAGUGAUUGGACAAGGUAUUCGGGGCAAUACACCUCUCACAAUUUCGUAACCCAACGCACCGUCACGAUCGAUUCCGCUUGCACGAGAAGUGCCAUCGUCGAAGGACAGGAUGGGCUCGCCGAACGGAUUACCGUCGAGUUUUCCAAUAAGACCAGAGAGGAUAUGACAUGGCUACAUAAUGUGGGAUCAGAGGGAACCACCUACGUGUAUACGGGAAACCACUGCGGCGAGCGCUGCGCAGAGAUACUAGUCUUCCAGAUGUCCCCCACCGAUGACCAGGAUAUUCCGCUCCGAGAAGGCGAUUUUUACAACUGCACCGUUUCGGUCUCGAAAGUCACGGGCGCCACACUCCCCGAGCACGAACUCCCUGACAAUACGGCGGUGCGUGCAGCUGCGGCCAUCGGCCUGAGCGGCUUCUCGUACACUCCCGUGAAUUAUACAAAAAUUGAACUAUAUCAGAGCUUCCUGUACAACAACGCCACGGAAUGGGGCCAAUACAUGGGCGGCAAUGCCGACAUGAUGGCGUCAGUGAUAGGACUCUUCACAGCCGGCAGCCUUGCCAACAUGGACCGACACAAUCCUCGUGUCGAAGUGAUCGGAAUGCGACUCAACGCCGGCGUGCGGCUGCUCGUAGUCUGGCGCUACGUCUACCUCUGCCUCAGCAUAAUCCUCGGCGGCCACGCCAUCCUCGCCCUCCUCGUCUGCUUCCGCGCGAACUCGGUCUUUUGCAAACAAGACUCGCCCCUCUCGACCGCAAGACUGCUGAGACCAAUCGUCGAGCGCCUAGGCCCCUCCGGCUGUGCCGCAAGCGGCGAGGAGAUCGCUGCGUCGUUCCCGAUGAAGAUGAGCUAUGGAGUCCGAAGCUCCACAGGCGGUACCGUGCACCAUCUGGAUAUCGGCGAGGACUUGGAGAUGAUGGAGGUUUUCCCGAAGGGGUAUUAUGAUUGAUCGCGGCGGUCUGCGGUGGGGAGGGGGAGGGGGGAUGGGCGGGGAUAUAUAGUUUUUUGUUUUGUUUUGGGGGGCGUUUUGUUUUUUGUUUUUUUUGUGGGAUAAGGGAAAAGGGGAAAAGAUUUGUGAAUAUGGAUUAAACAUGGGAUAAGAUGUUCAUUAGUAAGAUAUACGAGGUAGGACGAAUCUAAAUGAUCUUCCAAC